CCCCGUCCGCCCGCCCGCUUGCCCGCUUGCCCGCUUGCCCGCACGCCCCGUACGCUGGAUCGGCUAGUUAUAGUAGUUACUAUACUUCCCCGCAACUAUCAAGGUACAUACACACUCUACUUUUGCUACAAGGGAUGGGUAGACAUGGAAACCCGCGGAGGAGGGCGGAGCGGAGCCUCGGGUUAAGGCUUUAUUUUGUUUAUUUUGUUUAUUUUGUUUAUUUUGUUUUGGUUUUGUUUUGACUGUUUAUUUGUUUUGUUUUUUUGCCCAAGAGUUCGUUUGUUAUUAUGGUUGUUGAGGCAGCGUUCAACAUUGAUCUCAGCGUUCUCAGCGUUCUCAGCGUUCUCAGCUUUCUCAGCUUUCUCAGCGUUGUCAGCGUUCACGGCGCUUUCAAGGAGCCAUGUAUCUACAGUAUCCACGGUACGGCAGUUUGUGUGUCCUCGCAUUUCCUCGAGGGAGGGGGAAACCUGCCACGUAGGGUACGGUACUGGCGAUUUCACCUGAAGACUCACCUGAAACGGCGAAGUGGGGGAGGGGGAGUUCAGGGUUGUCCUCUGUCCGUCCCGACAUCCUGUGCUUCUACAUACCUAGUAGGUAGGCGGAAUCUCUGCGUUCUCUCAACAUUGUCCCCGUUUGGGGUGUGGGGGUUUCAGUCGGGGAUGGGAUAGGAUGGGAUAUGGAUGGAUGGUUAUCGAUGUCAAUGUCAAUGUCAAUGUCAAUGGAGGAACGAAAAGACCAACCACCAGUAAAGUGAGUAGGG